CAUAUACCCCGGAAACUGCUACAACACCACAAAAUGGCGGGAAUAUUCGAGCAAGCACGGAAUGCUGGGACCUUGUUCCUCGGCGGGCAGAAAAUCAGCGGCCAAGAUAUCCGCGACCAAAACGUUCUGGCAACUCAAGCUAUCGCCAACGUUGUGAAAUCGUCAUUUGGCCCCUCCGGCCUCGACAAGAUGAUGGUAGACGAUAUCGGAGACGUGACAGUCACUAACGACGGCGCCACCAUCCUUAGCUUGCUCGACAUCGAGCACCCCGCGGGCAAAAUCCUCGUCGAUUUGGCACAGCAGCAGGACAAGGAGGUUGGUGAUGGCACCACGUCCGUCGUCAUAAUAGCGGCGGAACUGCUGCGGCGCGCAAACGAGCUCAUGAGGAACAAGAUACAUCCCACGACCAUCAUCACUGGCUACAGGCUGGCGCUGAGGGAGGCGGUCAAGUACAUGAACGAGAAUAUCAGUAUCCGCGUGGAGACACUGGGACGGGAGAGCCUGAUCAAUAUUGCAAAGACAUCUAUGUCGAGCAAGCUGAUCGGGUCGGACUCGGAUUUCUUCGCCAACAUGGUCGUUGAUGCUAUGCAGUCCGUCAAGACUACCAACAACAAGAACGAGGUCAAGUACCCUGUCAAAGCGGUCAAUAUCCUCAAGGCUCACGGUAAGGGCGCUACGGAGUCCAUUCUGGUCAAAGGAUAUGCUUUAAACUGUACCGUGGCAUCACAAGCUAUGAAGACGCGUGUCACUGACGCUAAAAUUGCUUGUCUGGAUAUAAAUCUACAGAAAGAGCGGAUGAAGCUGGGUGUUCACAUCACUAUCGAUGAUCCAGCCCAGCUAGAAAAGAUCCGAGAACGGGAGGCAGGAAUUGUCAUCGAGCGGGUAGAGAUGAUCCUCAAAGCGGGGGCUAAUGUCGUUUUGACCACGAAAGGUAUCGAUGACCUCUGCUUAAAGCAUUUCAUCGAGAAGGGCGCCAUGGCUGUGCGAAGGUGUAAGAAGGAGGAUCUGCGAAGGAUAGCCAAGGCAACCGGGGCCACCCUCGUCAGCACCCUUUCCGAUCUCAACGGUGACGAGAAAUUCGAGCCAUCAGCGCUCGGGUCCGCAGAAGAAGUCGUACAGGAGCGAAUCUCAGAUGACGAAUGCAUUCUAGUCAAAGGCACCAAGGCCUUCACGUCCGCAUCCAUCAUCUUGCGGGGACCCAACGACUACGCCCUCGACGAAAUGGAGCGAUCUGUCCACGACUCUCUCUCCGCCGUCAAGCGUACUCUUGAAAGCGGCCGCAUUGUUCCCGGAGGCGGUGCCGUAGAGACUGCGCUCCACAUCUACCUUGAAGAAUGGGCUACGUCAGUCGGCUCCCGCGAACAACUCGCCAUCGCUGCUUUUGCCACCUCUCUCCUCUCCAUCCCCAAAACUCUCGCCAUUAAUGCAGCAAAAGACUCUACUGAGCUCGUUGCCCAGCUGCGCAGCCGGCAUGCCCUCUCCCAACGCACGCCUUCAGAUCCUACUACCCCAGAGAACGCGAAACAACUCGCCCGCUCUAAGAACUAUAAAAACUAUGGUCUGGACCUGACGAAUGGUAAAGUUCAUGACAGCCUCAAGGCCGGCGUGCUAGAGCCAAGCAUGAGUAAAGUGAAGCAGCUGAAGAGUGCAGUGGAGGCAUGCGUGGCGAUUAUGCGGAUUGAUACGCUGAUUAAACUGGAUCCAGAGGAGAGGGGAGGUGGAGACGAUGACGGGCAUGGCCAUUAAACAGGAUAUGACGUGAAAGAUAAUGCGGGCUCUCUUUGCUAGCAUAUGGCAGGUUAAAUGCAAG